GGGACUGUGCUGCGGUCCGUCUCUCUGUGCAUGCCGGUUGGUAGAGGGUGUCCGGACUGGAGUAGAGUGAACUCCGCGCUUUAUUUAAUAUCAAAUCACAAUAGAAAAUGUAUUACAAAUUCAGCGGGUUCUCCCAGAGACUCGCCGGAUCUGCGCCGGCCCCCGCCUACUGCCCUCAGGGGCUGAGACUGGGUGUGCCUUCACAGCCGCAGCCCAUGAUCUUCGCCACCCCGACUAAAGUGGCAUCCCAUUCAGGAGAGGCGGUGCAGUACCUGGGGGCCAACAGAGUCCCCGACCUGCAGAGGCUCUUUCAGAGGUCUGAUGGAGUCCCUGUCCACCUGAAGCGGGGUGUUCCUGACAAGCUGCUGUACAGGACCACCAUGGCACUGACGAUAGGAGGGACCCUCUAUUGCCUGGUAGCACUGUAUAUGGCCUCCCAGCCCAGGAAACGCUGAUCGGCAGCUUCCAACAGGCUCAUUGUUUGUUAUCAUAUAUUAUCUAAAAAAACUUAAACAAUCGUCAACUCAACAGCCUCAUGUAAAAAAUGAUCCAGCUAUGAUGUAUACUACUAUUUCAUUUCUAAUUGUACUUCCAUUUACAAGACUGGUUUCGGGUCUCAUCCAAUAAGGGUAUUUUUGUUUUAAGGGACUGGCUUAACUUACUGCAGCAUCAACUGAGCAGGCAUAGAAAAAUACAUUGUUUGUAUGCUAAUAGACCAGGGGUGUGCAAACCCCCCAUCCUUCCAAGGAUGCAUAAUGAGGUAACGCAAAAAAGCAAUGACACAUUUUAUUAGGAUUGCACGAUUUAAAACUUUAAUUUACUCAAAAAUCAAAAACUCCCACGCAGCUCUGCCAUGCAUUUUGCAAUGCAACUUGCAGUAUGCAGGUUUCUGUGAACACAUUUAGCUGGAUGUUUUAAGCAGGGAGGACAGAUUCAAGGUAACCCUGCUAAUCCCCAUUGGAUGGAAGUGCUGUGAUUUUAUUGGGUGGGUUUGUCUGCUUUUGUGACAAUGGGGGAAAAAAAAAUAUAUAGCUAGCAUUAUUAAUGUAUAAAACAGACCCGCAACAGGAAUUACAGAUAUCAGAAUGGUGUAACUCUCAGAGGUAUUGCAAUUGUCACAAUGUUUGAGACACCGCGCUGCUGGUUGCAAUGUGUCACAUUUGUUGCACAUGCUGGGAUGCAUCUAUUGUCCAUGUACUUUUGGGAAAUAGAAAGAUAUUUUAUUUGUAAAGUACAUUUGUCUUGCUCUUUAAUUUUAAAUGCAGCAAUAAAAAGUAUAGCAUUUA